GUGUUGGGUUGGGAGAUAGCCGCAUUGGUUGGCUUAUCUCCACUCCAUCUCAAUUUCAUAGGAAUCUUCUACUUCUCCACUCCGUAGGCCGUAGCCGUAGCCGUAGCAGUCGUCGUGGGCAAAGCCUUAUGGGGAAUUGCUUUGCUAAGCGUUAUAAUGAUGGGGAUGAGUCCGAUCACAAUGUUGAAUUCACUGGUGGAAAUGUGCAUCUCAUCACUACCAAGGAAUCUUGGGAACAAAAGCUUGAUGAAGCCAACACAGAUGGAAAGCUUGUGGUUGCCAAUUUCAGCGCUACUUGGUGUGGCCCUUGUAGAAUAAUUGCACCUUUCUUCGUCGAGCUGUCUGAAAAACACCCUUCGAUAAUGUGUCUCACAGUCGACGUAGAUGAACUAACUGAAUUUAGCACAUCAUGGGAUAUAAAGGCAACUCCGACCUUCUUCUUCCUCAAAGACGGUCAGCAAAUCGACAAACUCGUGGGUGCAAAUAAACCAGAACUAGAGAAGAAGUUGAUUGCCAUACUAGAUUCACUGGCACCACCAUGCCCAACAUAAUUUCUUCCUGCCAUUGAAGCUCAAGUAAUUGGUAGAUCUUCUCCUUUCCUUGUCACUUUCGACAUAUAAAUUGUAAAUCCAAAAGAGGUAUAUUUUGUUCAUGGCAUGUACCGCUAGAAUCAUGUAUGUGUGAGAUAUUCAGGAUUUGGUUAUUAUAACAUACUCCCUUCGUCCCACUCUAAGUGGAGCAUUUCUUUUUCA